CCGAAUCUGACAUCACUACCUAGCAGUUUGUGUAGCUAGCAAAGUGGUUUGUUCUUAGGGUAACAGAGGAGGAAAUUGCUCCGUCUGAUAAGACAACAGCAAGGAAAGGACGCAUGCUGUUUCCUAGGAAUACGGCUGAUUUCCAGAUAUGACCAUGUUCUUGUGGCUUAAACUUUUGGCAUUUGGCUUUGCCUUUCUGGAUACAGGCUUGUUUGUUACAGGAGAAGACAGCACUCGCUCCAAUACUGGACUGAAUUCAACAGAAGAGCCCAGUAUUCUGGCUCCAAGAGACCCCUUACCUGCCCGCAUCACUACAUUCUCACUUCCAAGCAUCUCUGAAAGAGAAAAUAACUCCUCAGAGACCACGCCUACUCUUAGUCCAGACAAUCCUUCAACUGAAGAGACCACGCCUACUCUUAGUCCAGACCAUCCUUCAACUGAAGACUUCCUGAACUCUUCAGAUAAUGCUAAUACUCUUAAUGUGACAGGAGCUACACAGCCGGCUCCCUUCUCCACGCACGCAGACUCGCAGGCGCCCUCUGCCGGAUCUGACACGCAGACACCUAGCAGCAUUGCUGCCUCUCCCGCACUCACCCCUGCUCCGGGGAGGAAUGACACAUCAGGUUUUCCAGGAGAGAAGAUUCCACUCAGCACCUUUCCUGCAGACAAAGCUUUCACACCAGUAGCGACCCUCAGCCCCGCACACAGCAGCCCUGCUGCCCUUAGCUCACUCAUCUCCAGCAUCACCUCCAAAGAUAACUCCUCAGAUUUGAAUCUUAUGUCCACUUCACCCGCAACAAGCAUUACCUUAACAACUGCUCCCACAACAAUAGUUACUACUACACCUAAGCAAUCAUGUGGUGACAAAUAUGCAGAUAUCCAUGUGACUUAUGACUAUGAAGCUAACUCCUUUACAGCAAAACUAAAUGUUAGUGGUGAAGUGGAGUGUAACAAUCCCACAUGUUCAAAUAAUACGAUCCCUAACCUAGCAGCAUGUGAAAAUAAGAAUGUUACUAUAAGUCAUUCUUCAUGUGUUCCUCCAUAUAAAUUUUUAAAAUUGGAGGUACCACCAGAUCCUGAAAGUUACUCUUUGGAAACUUGUACAGAGGCUAUAAAAGCAAAUACUUCUCUUUGUUUAAAAGUGGUAAAAAAUAAAAACUUUACUUGUGAUGAAAAUAAAAUUAGAUACACACUUACAUGUGAUAAAUUUCCUUCAACUAAUAAGAAUUAUAUUUGUUUGGAACCCCUUUCACCUAAACAAAAUUAUUCCUGUAAUUUCAAAGUAGUCUACGAUUCCCAUGAGUUUUUGAACAAAAAUGGAACCUUUGAAACAGACGUUGGAAGUCCAAAAGAACCUCAGAAUGUUAAAUGCAGUUCUAAAAGUUCAACUGAAGGAAUGAUCACCUGGGCAAGCCCCCAAGAUUAUUUUGAUAAUUAUUCUCUUUGUUUUGUGAAUAUUUCAGUUAAAUCUUGCAUGGAACUGAUUAAAGAGACGACCAAAUAUAACUUUACAAAUUUGAAAGUUUUUACAACGUACGAUGUGUCAUUAAAUGCUUACACCAUGGGAAAAGUACGACGCAAUGGACCUGUUGUGACAUGUAGAUUUCAAACAGAACCAGAUAAGCCAACCAAAGUCACGAACGUACGUGUUUCUCUGAAGUCAGAUAAUAGUAUGUCUGUGACUUGUAAUCGUCCUAUGGACUUGAAUGGCCCCAGUAAUGGCUCCUACCAUCUGGAAGUCAAAACUGGAGAUGCCUUGGUUCAAAAUAAAUCACUUAAAGAUUGCAGCUUCCAAGUAGAAAAUCUUCAAUAUUCAACAACAUAUGAAUUUAGGGUCUAUUAUUACAACAACCGCUAUAAAGGACCUCCAGAAAUUGUGUCUCAAUCAACAGCUUAUAAUUCUAAAGCACUGAUUGGAUUUCUGGUAUUUCUGAUCAUUGUGACAUUCCUAGCCCUGCUUUUUGUUCUCUACAAAAUCUAUGACCUGCGCAACAAAAGAUCCAGUGAUAUAGAUGAACAGCAGGAACUUGUUGAAAGGGAUGAUGAAAAACAACUUAUGAGUGUGGAGCCAAUCCAUGCAGAUAUUUUGUUGGAAACUUAUAAGAGGAAGAUUGCUGAUGAAGGAAGACUGUUUCUGGCUGAAUUUCAGAGCAUUCCACGGGUAUUCAGCAAGUUUUCUAUCAAGGAUGCUCGAAAACCCUUUAACCAGAACAAAAAUCGUUAUGUUGACAUCCUUCCUUAUGAUUAUAACCGUGUUGAACUCUCUGAUAUAAAUGGAGAUGCAGGGUCAAAUUAUAUAAAUGCCAGCUAUAUUGAUGGCUUCAAAGAACCCAGGAAAUACAUUGCUGCCCAAGGUCCCAGGGAUGAAACUGUUGAUGAUUUCUGGAGGAUGAUCUGGGAACAGAAAGCCACAGUCAUUGUCAUGGUCACUCGAUGUGAAGAAGGAAACAGGAACAAGUGUGCAGAAUACUGGCCUUCCAUGGAAGAGGGCACACGGGCUUUUGGAGAUGUUGUUGUAAAGAUCACCGAGCACAAAAGAUGUCCCGAUUAUAUCAUUCAGAAGUUGAACAUUACAAACAAAAAAGAAAAAGCAACCGGAAGAGACGUGACUCACAUUCAGUUCACCAGCUGGCCUGACCAUGGGGUGCCUGAGGACCCUCACCUGCUUCUCAAGCUGCGGAGGAGAGUGAAUGCUUUCAGUAACUUCUUCAGUGGCCCCAUUGUGGUGCACUGCAGUGCUGGUGUUGGACGCACAGGCACUUAUAUUGGAAUUGAUGCCAUGCUAGAAGGCCUGGAGGCAGAGAACAAAGUGGAUGUUUAUGGUUAUGUCGUCAAGCUAAGGCGACAGAGGUGCCUGAUGGUUCAAGUGGAGGCGCAAUAUAUCUUGAUCCAUCAGGCUUUAGUGGAAUACAACCAAUUUGGGGAAACAGAAGUGAGUUUGUCUGAAUUACAUCCAUAUCUAUUUAACAUGAAGAAAAGAGAUCCCCCCAGUGAACCAUCUCCCCUAGAGGCUGAAUUCCAGAGACUUCCCUCAUAUAGGACCUGGAGGACACAGCACAUUGGAAAUCAAGAACAAAAUAAAAGUAAAAAUAGAAGUUCUAACAUCAUUCCAUAUGACUUUAACAGAGUGCCACUUAAACAUGAACUAGAGAUGAGCAAAGAGAGUGAGCAUGAUUCAGAUGAAUCUUCUGAUGAUGACAGUGACUCAGAGGAAACGAGUAAAUACAUCAAUGCAUCAUUUAUAAUGAGUUACUGGAAACCUGAAGUGAUGAUUGCUACUCAGGGACCACUAAAAGAGACCAUUAGCGACUUUUGGGAGAUGAUAUUCCAAAGAAGAGUCAAAGUUAUUGUCAUGCUGACAGAGCUGAUGAAUGGAGACCAGGAAAUCUGUGCUCAGUACUGGGGAGAAGAAAAACAGACAUAUGGAGAUAUACAAGUUACUAUAAAAGACACCAACCAGUCUUCAGCUUAUACCCUCCGUGUAUUUGAACUGAGACAUUCUAAGAGGAAAGAUGCUCGGACUGUGUACCAGUACCAGUAUAAUAACUGGAAUGUCAGUGAACUUCCUCCAGAUCCCAAAGAAUUAAUCUCUAUGAUCCAGAAUCUCAAGGAAAAACUUCCCAAGAAGAAUUCCACUGAAGGAUCCAAAUAUCACAAGAAUGUACCUCUCCUCAUUCACUGCAGAGAUGGAUCUCAGCAAACAGGACUAUUUUGUGCUUUGUUAAAUCUCUUGGAAUGUGCAGAAACAGAAGAGGUGAUAGAUGUUUUUCAAGUAGUAAAAUCUCUACGCAGAGCUAGACCAGGAAUGGUUCCCACAUUUGAGCAAUACCAAUUCCUAUAUGAUGUCAUUGCUAGCACCUAUCCUGCCCAGAAUGGACAAAUAAAGAAAAGCAACAAUCAAGAAGAUAAAAUUGAAUUUGAUAAUGAAUUGGACAAAGCAAAACAGGAUGCUAAUUGUGUUAGUUCAUCUGGUACCCUUGAUAAAGCCAGUGAAGGAAAUAAAGAAGAUGAAGGUGCUGAAAUCACAAGUAGCCCUGAGGAGCCAGAACAUUCCGCCAAUGGUCCUGCAAGUCCAAGUUUAACUCAAAGUGCAUAGGAAAAGAUGUAUACAGGACUCAUUGUGUUGUAUUGUUUCUUUUUUUC